AAAGUAAUUAACCAUUUAUUUUAGUUCUUCUUUCUCAUUUUAGGCAACAAGUAACCGAAAACGAGCCGCACAAGUAGCUCCUGGUUCUUCUUUCUGCUAUCCAUCCACUUAUCCUCUCAAAACCCAAGAAAAGCUGCAAACCUCCAAGAAAUCCAAACCAUUGCCCGCGAAAUUGACAGAAGAAAGCAAUCCCGUCUCGUCUACCCCAGUUGCCCAUGGCGUCGGUUCUGGGGAUUCCCUCCGCGGCAGUUUUGGCGUCGAGACCCUUCUGUUCUUCCACUUCCAAGCCUUCCUUUCCUUCGCUUUCCCUAGUCACAGGGCAAAGCUAUUGGAGGAAGUACAAUGGCGGGGUGGGAAUCCGGGGAAAGAAAGGAAGGGCGCAGCUGCAGGUUGUCAAUGUCGCCACUGAUAUCAACGCCGUGGAUCAGGCAAAGAGAGUUGUUGAUAAGGACAGUCAGAGGCCAGUUUAUCCAUUUGCAGCCAUAGUUGGACAGGACGAAAUGAAGCUCUGCCUUCUCCUGAAUGUGAUUGAUCCCAAGAUUGGAGGUGUCAUGAUAAUGGGAGAUCGUGGAACUGGGAAGUCAACCACAGUUCGUUCGCUGGUUGAUCUUCUACCCGAAAUCCAGGUAGUCUCUGGCGAUCCUUAUAACUCCGACCCCCAAGAUCCAGAGGCCAUGGGUAUGGAAGUCAGAGAAAGCAUCAGUAAAGGAAAAGAACUGACCGUCGUCCUCACCAAAAUCAACAUGGUCGACUUGCCCUUGGGAGCUACAGAGGAUAGAGUCUGUGGAACCAUCGACAUCGAGAAGGCUUUGACAGAAGGUGUCAAGGCAUUUGAGCCAGGCCUUCUUGCCAAAGCCAACAGAGGGAUUCUGUAUGUGGAUGAAGUGAACCUUCUGGACGAUCAUUUGGUCGAUGUUCUUCUUGAUUCAGCUGCCUCGGGAUGGAAUACAGUGGAGCGAGAGGGUAUCUCGAUCUCGCACCCUGCUCGGUUCAUUUUGAUCGGCUCUGGUAACCCUGAAGAAGGAGAGCUGAGGCCUCAGCUGCUUGACCGAUUUGGGAUGCACGCCCAGGUUGGCACUGUGAGGGACGCGGAGCUGAGGGUUAAGAUUGUGGAGGAGAGAGCACGGUUCGACAGAAACCCCAAGGAGUUUCGAGGUUCUUAUUUGGCCGAGCAAGAGAAGCUUCAGCAGCAAAUCGGGGCUGCUAGGGCGGGUCUUGGUGCUGUGCAGAUAGAUCACGACCUGAAAGUUAAGAUCUCGAAGGUGUGUGCAGAGCUCAAUGUGGAUGGAUUGAGAGGAGAUAUUGUGACCAAUAGAGCUGCUAAAGCUCUUGCUUCUCUGAAGGGCAAGGACAAGGUGUCUGCUGAAGAUAUUGCUACUGUGAUUCCCAACUGCUUGAGACACCGUCUUAGAAAGGAUCCAUUGGAGUCGAUCGACUCGGGCUUACUUGUGAUUGAGAAAUUUUACGAGGUUUUUAGCUGAGGCUCUAGUACCUUGUCGGGCCUUUGCAGAUUGAUAUGGAAGUCUUUUUGUUCUCAUUUUGCUAUUUCGAUGGUGGGUUCUAAUUGACUAGUUACUGAGCUGAGGGACAGGCGUAUUCGUAUUGACAUAUUGUAUGAUAUAGUGGCAACUUUAAUAUACAGUACAAUUUGAAUUAUUUUAUUGCUGUAGAUUAAGAAACAAGUUGGUGGAUUGAAUUAGGGAUUUGGUUCCGAAUGAUGA